CCUCAACCUGAGCAUUUCACACCCCUCCCUUCCUCUCCCUUCCUCUCUCGUCCACCAUGGGUGGUGCGAUUCAACGGAAUGCCUGGCAUACUGUCCAGGUUACUCUUUCGAGUUACACCAAUGUGAUGUUGAUAUUUGUCGUCUUAGGAAUCCUAUCUGGCGCUCGAGGAUGGGAUCCAUCAGCCGUCUUUAUGCUUAACUUUCUCGCCAUUUUUCCUCUGGCAUCCCUGCUCUCCUUUGCAACGGAGGAGCUGUCUAAAAGUGUUGGGCAAACCGUGGGGGGGUUGAUUAAUGCGACUUUUGGAAAUGCGGUCGAAAUGAUUGUUGGAAUUACUGCUGUAACUCAGGGGGAGAUCAAUAUUGUCCAGUCGAGUAUGGUCGGCAGUAUCCUUUCCGGAACGCUUCUGGUCUUAGGAUGCUGUUUCUUAUGUGGAGGGUAUGGCAAAGAGACCCUCUCCUUCAACAUCGAUGUCACCCAAGUUAUGUCGUCCUUAAUGAUCGUCGCCUCCGCAUCCCUCAUCAUUCCUUCAGCCUUAUACUCGACCACUCUGUUCGAAUUACAGGAAGGCGAUGAUUAUAUCCUUGGUUUAUCGCAUAUCACUGCAAUUCUGCUGCUCCUCUUUUACUUGGCCUACCUAUACUUCCAACUGAAAAGCCACGCCCACCUCUUCGCCGGCACCGAGGAAUCGGACGAGAAGCGUGAGUUGGAGCCUCUUCCCGCCAGUAUCGUGCUAGUCCUUGCCACUCUGGGAGUCACCGUCUGUUCCGACUAUUUGGUGGAGGGCGUGGAUGGGUUUGUAGAGGUAUACGGAGUUAGCCGGGCCUUCUUGGGGAUGAUUGUCGUCCCUAUCGUAGGGAACGCGGGCGAAUUCGCCAUCACAGUGAACGCCGCCAUGGGUGGGAAGUUAGAUCUCGCUAUCGGGGUAAUUGCUGGCAGCACGCUCCAGAUUGCGCUCUUUGUGACCCCGUUCCUGGUGAUGUGUGGAUGGGCUCUUGGGCAGCCGAUGUCUUUGCGGUUCAACACUUUCGAAACUGCUUGUUUCUCUCUUGCUGUGGUGGUGAUGAACUGCCUGAUCCGAGAGGGCAAGUCUAAUUAUUUUGAGGGGUUAUUGCUCAUCGGGACGUAAGUGUCCCAACCUCUUUGUUUUUCUUCCCUUCUGACCAACCGUCCCUCUAACCCGACCGUGCAGGUAUUUAAUCAUCGCGAUCGCAUUCUAUGUACACCCAGACGUGCCAGAUAAUCUGGUAAUGGCAUGAAUUCUUAGUAUAGAUGAUACCAAAACCAGUAAAGCCAUUCUAGAUUUUCUGAAGUAAACAAUGGAUCCAUGGCUCUUUUCAGGCAACACUCAGCCUUAUGAAAGUCUCG